AUGAAGCAAGGGAACCUGUUGCGCCGACAAGCCCGGUGGACAGAACGACUGGCAGACUACAACUUCGAGAUUGUGUACGUGCGGGGUCCAGAAAACACAGUUGCUGAUGCCCUGAGUCGCUACUCUUUCCCGGAAAUCAACGACUCAGCCAAUGUCCUGGCGGAAGCCCGACUUGACCCAGCAUUCCUUCGGGCGCUCAGGAAAGGAUAUCGAAAGGACUCACAAUGCAGACAAGCGAUCAGGAACAUCAACUCCACGCCAGGAUAUUCACUCAGGGACGGGAUCGUGCGAUUUGAAGGUCGAAUUCUACUGCCAAAGACGGGCGACUUCCGGGAGAAGGCCAUUCACGACGCACACGACGCGGCGGGCCAUUUCGGAUUGCACAAGAUGUACGAUCACCUCCGCCGCAACUUUAUCUGGUCGGGAAUGAAGGAGGCGUGCAAGGAAUACGUUGAGUCCUGUUCUGUCUGUCAGACGAUGAAGAUGCAUGGCACCGAUUCUGCCGGUCGGAUCCACAACUUGAAUGUGCCUGACCGGCCAAUGCGGGAAGUUGGCCUAGACUUUGUCGGGCCACUUAUACCUAGCAACGGUAAUGACACACUGCUUACGGUCACAGAUCACCUCUCAGGCUAUGUGCGACUCAUCCCAGCCAAAACGACGGCCGAGCGGUUCUUUGACGGGUGGCAUCAACACUUUGGCAUGCCACGUGUGCUAGUCUCCGAUUGCGACAAACUCUUCACAAGCGACUUUUGGACGGCGUACAUGGGGCGGAUGGGGACCAAACUUGCGAUGUCAAUGGCAUUUCACCCACAAACCGACGGGCGGAGCGAACGAACGAAUUGAACGGUGAUCCAGGUCCUGCGUACAUUGGUCAACCGUCAACAAACCGACUGGGCCAAGCACAUUGCGACCGUUGAAUUCGUGAUCAACUCGAGCCUGAACAGAUCAACGGGGAAGACUCCCUUCGAAGUGGUUUUGGGUUUCACUCCUGAGCUGACUCCAAUCAUCCCCGUGGAAGGAUCAACGGUGUCACAAGCGGUCGAGAACAUGGUCACCCAGCGGGAAGCGGCAGCAGCAGAAGCAAGGAACAAUAUGGCAAUUGCGAAGAUCCGACAGGCCGAACAGAGCAACAAGCUGCGCAAAGCAGACCCGGAGUUUGCGGUGGGGGACAAGGUAUUGGUUGACUCGCGCGACCGGCAGCUCCAGUACAAGGCGGAUGAUGAAGCUCGCUCGGCGAAGUUUUUCCCACGAUUUGAUGGUCCUUACGAAGUGCUGGCAGCGCGGCCCGAGACCUCGAACUACAAACUCAAGCUGAACCCGGGUGACAAGAUGCACAACAUCUUUCACGUGUCCAAACUCCGACGUUGGGUACCAAACAACGGGGACGCAUUCCCAGGACGACACGCCGCGGAGCCACCAGCUGUCAUUGUCCAAGGGAACGAGGAAUGGGAGGUAGAACGUAUCGUAGACGCGAAGGGGAAAGGGAAGAGGAGGAAGUACUUGGUAAAGUGGAAGGGUUGGGCAGACAGCGACAACACUUGGGAACCGCGGGCACACUUGGAGGGCACGGUGGCGUUGUGA